CGUGACUUACCCUUACAUACGGUACGCGUUUGAACGUUUGAACCAUGACUUUGUGGUGAUUCCGUCGUUGGUGGUCGCCUAUGACAAGAGACUCAAACUUCGAGGAUACUAUUAACUUCCUCUUCCCGCCACAUGUGCUCGAAGACGCCGAGACGUGUCUUCAGCGCGCAUUCCUCUCUCCUCUCAAUAUCUAUGUCGACGAAUUUAACGACAAAAUUCUAGAGAAAUUGCCCGGCGAUUUUCAAUCUUAUUUCAGCUUGGACAGCCUGAAAGAAGCCGACCACACCAUUUAAUGCAC